AUGAGGUUUGGUAUUGAAAAGUCCGAGGGCCUGCGUGAUACUCCGCGCGAGGUCUUGAACUGGAAGCUGUUCUGGAGUGCUGCGGUGUUUGGCCUCCUUGGUCUCAGCCGUGGACUCGAUGAAGGCCUUGUCGGCGGCAUGACCAGUCUACAAAGCUUUAAAGAUGAGUUCCGGCUGGAAGAAGGGUCUGAAGGCCACCAAGCCAACGUCCUGUCCAACAUCACCAGCAUGGUCCAGCUCGGUAGCAUUGCUGGGUCCCUCCUCGCCUUCUUGAUCUGCGACCGACUCGGACGUGUUCGAUCACUGCAGGUCCUCUGCCUGCUCUGGCUGGUCGGGUUCAUCAUCGUCGUCGUCAGCCACGGCAAUGUCCCCCAGAUCCUGGCCGGGCGGUUCAUCGCAGGCCUGGGAAUCGGGAUGACGGUCGUGGUCGGCCCUACAUACCUUGCCGAGGUUGCACCAAAGAGUGUCCGCGGUAUGCUCACGAAUAUCUUCGCCGGCUCGGUGUAUCUCGGCGCAACGAUUGCGUUCUUCAGCAACUGGCGCGCGUCGGUGAAUCUGCCUAAUACCUCGCGCUGGCAGUGGGUUGCGCCCCAGUUUGCGCAUAUCGGGUUCGCUGCGUUCUUCCUCGUCCUCUCGUUCACCAUCCCCGAAACACCACGGUUCUACACCAUCGCAGGCAAACACGAAGCAGCCGAGAGAGCCCUCGUCAAACUCCGCAACCUAGACAGCAGCCACCCCUACAUCCAGGGCGAGAUGAUCGGGAUCCGCGAGCAGCUCGAGCGCGAGCAGGAAGGGUCCCGCGGUGUCUCACGCUGGGGCAAAGUCCGCGAGCUCCUCCUCAUCCCAGCAAACAGAUAUCGCCUGAUGCUAGGCGUCAUGUCCCAGGUUCUAGGCCAGUGGAGCGGUGCAUCAUCGAUCACCAUCUACGCCCCCGAGUUCUUCAAAUCGCUAGGGAAAACAGGACAAUCAGAGAAACUCUUCGCAAGCUGCAUCCUAGGGAUCGUCAAGCUCGUCUCCGCGUACAUCUGCGCCUUCUUCCUGAUCGAUUUCAUCGGCCGCCGACGAUCACUAUACAUCGGAAUUACAAUCCAGACAAUCAGUCUUGCCUACAUCGCCAUCUUCCUAGGCGUCGUGGGCGAAUCGACCCUCGAAGAGGGACACCUGAGCCCAUCCCAGAACCGCAGCGCCGUCGGCGCCAUCGCCAUGAUAUACAUCUCCGGAAUCGGCUGGACAAUGGGCUGGAAUGCCUUCCAGUACCUGGUCAACGCGGAUAUCUGGCCACUGCGGCUGCGUGCACUGGGUAGUUCGCUCGUGAUGUGUCUGCACUUUGUCAACCAGUUCGGGAACACCAAGGCCGUGCCGGAUAUGCUUCUUGCCAUGCAGAGCUACGGCUUCUUCGUGUUUUGUGCCGUGGUCAGUUUUCUUGGGCUUGUUUGGGUGUGGUUCUUCGUGCCUGAGUUGGCGGGGAGAUCACUCGAGAGUACGGACGAACUGUUCUCGCUGCCUUGGUGGAAGGUUGGACGCCAUGGGAACAGGCUUGCACCGGAU